AUGAAUCGACAUACCACUUAUAAAUCUCAACCGAUAACAAGUUCAUCAAAGCAAAUUAGUGAAGAUCAUACAAAUCUAUCACAUUCACAACCACAGAAUUUGACGACAAGAGAAUCAAAUGGCGCUAAUAAUAAUAGUAAUAAUCCACAGCAACAACAGGAAGAAACGACGACGACGACGACGACGACGACGAGGAAGAAGAAGAAGAAAAAAAGUCGCGGUGAUCGUAAACGUCAACGAUAUGUAGCAAAAUUGUAUAAGCAAGGAUUAACUAAAACAGAAGUGGAUAAUUUACGUAAUCAAUAUAACAAAAAUAAUCAAGGUCAAAGUAAUGAACAAACUACUACUAUUUCUUAUAUGGAAGAAGAAUUUCUGGUCACUACUGUUGAUCAGGAACCAGUAGAAAAUGAACAUACAAGAAAACCUCAAACUCAAAAACGUAGAGGAGAAAAACGUUCAAGAGGUAUAAAUAUGUCUAUGAGUCAAAUGUCAAUAUCUGAUCUUUCAAAGAAACGACAACGUACUACUACCAUGAAUAAUAUCAAUGAGCAAGCAGAUAUUACUCAAUCAACAACAGAUACUAUUCAAUUAACAAUGGAUAGUAAGAAACCAAAAUAUUUACAAGUAGACAAUGAAAUAUUUAAAAAAAUGUUAACACAAUCAUCAACUGAAGCAGAAGCAUAUAUCAAUCAGUUAUUAGAUACAUCGGAAAAAUUAGAUUUUGUUCGUACAUAUGCUCAUUUAUUGAGUAAUAGUUCUUAUUGGAAAUUCGAAGAAAACUAUUGGAAACAUUAUCAUACUGAAUGUACGACUGGAUCUAUUUGGUCUUCACCUUUGGAAACAAAGAUAGUGAAAGAAAAUAAUCUUUGUCGAUUUAAAUUUAAAACAGAAAUUCAACUUAAUAAACAUCAAAAACUGAUUAAUGAUCGAAUUCAAGAAUUGGAAAAUAAAUUAAAUCAACACAAACAAAAAUCAAUUCAUACAUCAUUCGAUAUGGAUAGAUUAUUGACAAUUAUUACUGCUUUUGUUACUCAAGGUCAAAAGAAAUUAGCUAAAGAAUUUGAAGAUAAAAAAUUAUUACUACAAUAUGAUGUGAAAGAUAAUCGUUGUGUGAAAAGAUUUUAUGAUAUGAGUCCAACUCAAGAUCAGAUUUGUUUGGCUAAAAUCAUUUGGCAAGCGACAAGAGAAAAAUUGAAAGCUGAAGAAAAGGUAGCCAUUCUUAAGCAACGUAUCUAUACGAAACGAUUACCUGCAUCAUUUGUUCUACUCGAUCAUUCCAUUGAUAAUAUGGAACAGAUGUUAAAGCAACCAAUAUUCAAUGAAGAUAAACGUGCAGAAUUAUCCUAUCGUCGAUCGAAAACAAUUGCUCAAUUCUAA